AAUAUAUCAACAUUUUAUGAUUCAAUUAAAAUUAAUAUUACUGUGAUUUUUUUAUACAUAUAAAAUAUAAUAUGUUAUUUAACUGUUAAUUAACAUUAUGAAAUAAUAUUUUAAGUGAGAAAAUACGUUCAUCAUGGCAUUCAUGGUCAUUCCCUCCCCCCCUGGCAAUGUCUAGAUCUAGACCUAGAUUUAAUUCUAAUGUGCAUGAUCUGACUUAUUGGAGUUAUGAGUCAAGUCAUAAAAAAUGGCCUAAAAUUAAAUGUAUAAUGAAAUAAAUACAAAAUCAACUAAAUUGUUUGUUUUUACAGCUAAAUACAUUGAUAAACACAAUAAAAGAAAAAUUCAUUUGACCCAUUUAUACAGCUGGUAAGCACAAGAGGAUUGGCUGGGCCCAGUCACAUGACCUACAAUUGACAUCGCGAAUGACACGAAGGGGGCUUCGCGAGUGACUUGAUUGGACCAAAAUAAAAGAUUACUUUCAAUCAAAAGCUACUGGAAUUGUCAAUACUUACAAAAAACCUAAUUAUACACAUAGAAUCGGCAAUUGAUGAGCUUUAAAAUGAUGUUUGAAAUUUUCUUAGGGGUCAACAGAAUACGAAGAUAUUACAAAGAAUAAACUUCAAUCUGCAACAGUUUCAUACUGGCUUAAGUUAUCUUCAAAUUUCAAACAGGAAUUGACAGGUCAUCCAUUUCUGUGUACAACGGUGUAUCACGACUUAUAUUUACAAGAGGCUUUUAAAUAGAAAAUGGUAUAUUCCAACCUUGUUUCGCCGGCGAAGCGGGACAAAAACAGCGGACUGAACAGCCUAGAUUGAAUUACUUAAAAUUACUAGAAUCUAGAGUAAGCUCUUAUAUAAGGGACACUCCAAGAAAUUCUCCUUCAUUGAAUGCAUCACUUUUUUUUGUUUGUAAUUCAUUUGUUUUUAUGUUUGGAGCUUAAAACGACGUCGAAUUUUAGAUAAGUUCUGGUAUUUUUAUUCUGCUUUUCCUAAGCAGAUGGCAGUUUUUUAGAUUCUCUGUAACCAUGUAUGUAAAGCCAUUGUUUUAACCUCCCCGGGCAAUUCACACCCAUAUAAGGGAUGAGAGCUAUAUUAUGAACCUGUUUGAUCGUAGGCUGAUGGACAUAUCAAAAUAAGCUUCCAAUCAUCUUGAGAAAGACAUUCCAAUCACAUUUAUACUGUUAGCUGUUAAAGAAAAUUUAAAAAGGAGGUGUCCCAAUGAAUACUAAUGAAUUUAACUCAUUCUCCUUCAUUGGACACGACAAAAUCGUAAUAAGAACUAUUAUUGGUAUUAACAGGGUUCGUAGCGCUCCUAAAAACUCCUAAAAUCUCCUAAAAAAAUGAAAAGUCUCCUAAAAUCCUAAAAUUCUCCUAAAAAUUGCAGAAAAUCUCCUAAAAUUUUGUCCACUCUCCUAAAAUUUUUACCCAAUAUUUUUUUUUAAAUAUAAUUUUGCUUAUUUCUUGCUAAAAAUGUGUGGGAAAAAAAAACAACAGCGUAACUAGGCAUUCUGAUCGCAUGACGUUACGGACUGGCUAUGUUAAUGAGCUGACCAGUGACGCUUCUACACCGCCUUUCACCCACUUGUGAAGCGCGACCUCGUGAUUGAAGAUGGCCUUGGCUCAAGCAAGCAUUUCACCUGGCAGUAUUUUUCUGAAGUCAACGUAGAAAUGUUUGUUUUCAUUUAUUGUUACCACUAAAGACGCGCUAGAUCUAGUCUGUAUUGACUAUUGUCUAUAAUUAGAGCAAUUACCAGACUAAUUUGUAGGCUACACCCCUCCGGGCCCUCCCUCACCUAAAAUCUUCUUGUUGUAAGUGUAAGAGUGACUUCGCGUGGAAAGUCGGUAAAUCUUCUAAAUCUAGCUAGUAUCUAGUAAUAGUAUCUAGAUCUAGAUUUAGAUCUAUGUUAGAUCUAGUGAAGAUAAUUGGCACCUAACCUGAAAACUCCGUGAAUUUUAGUCAAUUUAAUGAUCUUGAUACAUCUAAUGUCUAGAUUACUCUAGAAAUACGCUAGAUUCUAGAUUUACGCUAAAUCACUUAGAGUCUAUAUAUAGUGAAGAUAAUUAGCACAAAGAAGUGAAAAGCCCGCAAAUUUAGUGAGUUAGAUCUAGACUCUAGAUCUACGGUAUAUCCAGUGAAGAUAAUUCGCAUACUACCGCGAAAAGUCAGCAAAUUUGAGUGACUUAGAUCUAGACUCUAGAUCUACUGUAUUUUCAGUGAAGAUAAUUUGCGCACAGCCGCGAAAAGUCCGCAAAUUUUCGUGACUUAUAUCUAGAUUCUAGAUUUACUCGAAAUCACUAGAAUCUAGUGAAGAUAAUUGUCACACAGCCAUGAAAAGUCCGCAAAAUUUAGUGACUUAGAGUUAAAGUCAGCGAAUUUUAGCGAAUUAGCUUUAGAGUUUAGAUCUUCUGUAAAUUUAGUGAAGAUAAUAUUCACAUAGCAGUGAAAAAGUCAGCGAAUUUUCGUGACUUUGAUCUAGACUCUAGAUUUACGCUAAAUCACUAGAAUAUAUAUAUAUUGAAGAUAUUUCUCUCACAGCCCCGAAAAGUCCGAGAAUUUUAGUGACUUAGAUCUAGAGUCUAGAUCUACUGUAAAUUCAGUGAAGAUAAUUCUCUCACAGCCGUGAAAAGUUUGCGCAUUAUAGUGACUUAGAUCAAGAGUCUAGAUCUACUGUAGAUCCAAAAGCCAUUUUUUAGUUAGCAAAUGUCAACUAAACAUUCAAAUAGGCCAAUAUUGCCCUAUAUAUUACUGGCUCUGUUUAUGAGAAGGAUUUAAGUUAGCUAAUAAAAGAAUAAAACAUUACCUCAAAUGCACACCAUGACUCUAGUAUCUAUAAGAUACACAUAAGAACUAAUAAUGUACAUUUCCAUCACAGAGAAUACACAUUAUGAAGGCAUCUCUAAGAAUGUUUGUUAUUUUAAAAAAUGGAAUUGCGACCAGUUGUAAUGUUUUCAAAUAAAUCUUUGAAAAAAAAAUGGUUGUUUAAGGUUUUGGGAUGACAGUCAAGUUGUUACUUGAUUAAAAGAUAACUUUCAUUACAUUUUCUGUGGACAUACCACAGCUGAUAACAUUGUUUCUGUGGCAUAUUGGCAAGAUAUUUAUUAUUUUUAAAAUCAGACAACAAUAAUUGAUUUAAUAAAUGCUUAGUUUUGUGUAUGCUUUACUAUGUAUCACACAAACGGACGGGAAACACACACAUCAUACAUUUUAUCCUUAAAAAAACCUCCUAAAAUCUCCUAAAAUUUUGUCAUGGAAAAGUGCUACUAACCCUGUAUUAAUAAAUGUAUGAUUUUAUCAAUGAAUAAACAUGACCUUGAUCGAGAUAUCUAGAAUAUAUAAUUUAUGGAUGAAAGAAAAAGUGCUGGCUGCUAAUUUGAAGCCAGAGACCAUGCCCACUGCAGGUGAUCACGCCAGAUGAGCUGGCGGUGCGGAGAGGUAUACACUCAACGUGUAGUGUCACAAACUAUCCAACAGACAGUGGAGGAAAGGGGGGGGGAGCCAUGAAAAGAAUUAAAGCAUCUAUGGGAGGGAGGGGGUGUUAAGAUGUUACAAAACGAACAUCCAAAUUAUGAAAACAAGAAGAGGGUCCUUGGAUGGGAAUUAGAAGAGAGAGAAUACAUGUAGCCUAGUUGAAAAUAUCACAUUUAUUAAAUUAUAGUAAUUAAUUUAUAGAUCUAUAGUCUAUAUAGAUUUAUUUCUGUCUGUUUCUACAAAUAGAUUAUAUAGGUAUAUAAAUAAAUAAACUAUAAAUUAUAUAUAUUUAUAUAUAUAUAUAGAGAGAGAGAGUAUAUGAGGCAAUAGACUAUAAAUACAUAUUGCAGAAGUGAAUCUACUUCUUUUAAUACAAUCUCAAUAAUUUUAAAUUAACACAGAUAUAAUUAGCAAUAUAAUAGUGGUGUUCAUUGACAGUGCUCAGUGUCCAAGGAAGUGGAAAGCACAAAAACUGUGUUCAUGAAGUGACCCAAUUUAUUUUAAAAUAAAAUCUUGACUAAGGGUGGUAAUACAAAGGAACACAGCUAUUUUUAUUGUCCAUUAGUUAAAGAAUAAGAAUCUGCUUUCAGUUUUUUUGUAAGUUAAACCUUCACCAAAUAAAAAAAUAAAAUAAAAAUUUGACCUAGUUCCCUAAAGUCAGUGUUCAGAUAUAAGAAUCUACUGUAGACUCUAGUAGAAGAUCUCAUCUAGUUCUAGUCUAGCAAAUCUAGAUCUAGUUUUUAGCCCCAAAAAGGUCCAAGAAAAUCAAAAUGCGCAGACCGUGAUCUUACAACUUACAUUCGUAGUCAAAUAGAGUCAGACCAAAGCUCCCAAGUGAUAACUUUUAAAGGUUAAUACUAUUACUAAUAUGACUAGAUCACUAAAUGUAUUAUCAUUUUGCACUAUUUUGAAGCAUUAUGAUUAGAAAAGAUUAGACUUCAAUAAAUUGAAGAUUAACUAGACUAGAUCUAACUGUCACUAAGUUAGUACAUAAGACUGAUAAAUCUAUUUCUAAGUCUUCUAAUACUUCUAUAAUAUGUAUUUAAUACGUAAGAGUAAGAUCAAUGAAAAUCGAUAUUAAUGGAUUGAUGUCAGUUUUUUUUUUUAUUUUCUGAGUCAAUAUGUAAAUGUCAAGCUAUUGUUUUAGGCUUCCCGGCAACUCACACCCAUAUAUGGGUAUAUCAAAAUAAGCUUCCAUUCAUCUAUAGAAAGACAUUCCAAUCACACUUAUAUUGUUAGCUGUUAAAGAUAAUGAAAAAAGGAGACCUGUGUUCUGUAAAUAAUAAUGAAUUUAACUCAUUCUUGCUCCCGAACACUGCAAAGUCAUAAUUUGAAAUAUUAUUGGGAUUAAUAAAUCUAUUAUUUGUUCUAUGAAUAAACAUGACCUAGAUUAAGAUAUCUAGACAUAAUUUAUGAAUGAAAGAAAAAAAGCCACAGACCAUGCUCAUUGCAGGUGAGCUGGUGGUGAGGUAUAGACUAAGCGUGUAGUGUCACAACUUAUUGAACAGGCAGAGGGGGAAGGGGGAGAGAGUCAUGAAAAAAUUAUAAGCGUUAAUAUGGGGAGGAGGGGGGGUAUGGUGCAACAAAACGAAACAUCCAAAUUGUGAAAACAGGAAGAGAGGCCAUGGAUGGGAAUUAAAAAAGAGAGAGAAAAUACAUGUAGUUGAAAAUGUCAUGUUUAUUAAAUUAUAAUAAUUAAUUUUAAUUAAUUAAUUAAUAUAUAUAUAUAUAUAAAGAGAGAGAGAGAUCUAUAUGUUGUCUUAUUAGCAUUAUUUUAAAAAAAUAUCCUUAACUUAGAUACUUCCACCUUUCCUAUAUUAUAUUGAUACCUGGGACUUCUCUAUCUAGAAGCAUUUGUUAUGUCUGAGGCCUCUUGUUGACCAUUCCAUUAGAUAGUGCCACACCCUCCCUCCAUGGGAAAGGCUUUGAGAGUCAGUCAUGGGGGCUGGAGACUCUCAGGCAGUACUCAGUGCUACAUUUUGUCAGAGCCGGCUGCCUCAGAUCCCAAAAUUAAUUUUUCCAAAAUGUAUGGACAUUUACUAUUCUUUUGGAUACACCAGCUACAUUUGGAGGGGGGGGGGGCUGCUGUUUUGGCCAACAUCAUUCGACCAUAGCUGUACCAGUAAUGUCCAGGCUUUAUCUCAUUCUUUAGAUAAUUCAUAGUCGGUUUGCGGCGGUAGGAGACUAUAGACUAUUAAUACAUAUUUCAGAAGUGAAUCUACUUCUUUUAAUAAAAUCUAAAUCAUUUUAAAAGAACUCAGAUAUAAUUUCUUAGCAAUUACAUGGGAAUUAAGAGAGAGAGAAUACACAUAGUGGUGUCUCAGAAGGAAAGCACAAAAACUGUGUAGGGGAAUGAAGUGACACCAAUUUAUUUUAAAAUAAUACCUUAACUAGGAGUAGUAUUAGUAAUAAUACAUAGAUACACAGCUAUUUUUAUUGUCCAUUGAAGAAGAGGAAUCUGCUUUCAUUUUUUUUUUUGUAUGUUAAGCCUUCACUAAAUAGAAAAAUAUUUUAAAAUAAAAAUUUGUCCUAGUUUCUGAAAGUCGGUGUUUGGAAUUAAGGAUCUACGAUAGUAUCUACUAGAUCUAGAUCUAAAUCUAGUUUGGUACACCUAUCUAGUUAUCUAGUAUAAUAAAUCUAGAAUAGAAUCUAGAAUAUAGAUCUAGUCUAAGUCUUAUGUUCUAGAGUCUAACUCACUGGCGGAUCCUAAGGGGGGGAGGGGGGUGAAUUUUAGUAUAGAAUUAAUACAAUUUGUAUACAAAUUUAUUACUUAUGUUAAUGAUAUAUACUAAAUAUUUAUAUUUCAACCUAUUUUUAGAUUAUUUUGCCCCCUCCUCUAGUAUGUUGGCCGAUUUGGUGGGGUCGAGAGGAGGCGAUGGCAUUAAUCCCGCUCCUCCUAUAACCCUUCAAGUUGGUGGGAGGCGGUCCAAUUUAUUUGUAGAAAUCACAGCUUGCUAACAGAAUCAAUUAAAUAUCUAUAUGAUUAAAACUUGUUAUUGAUAUUUUAACCAAUCUUUAUAUUAUGUCGUUCCCCUGAUAGCCGAUAGGGUGGGGGCGAAUACCUCUUCUACCCUUCCCACCUAAACCCUUAUAUGGAGAAAUCAUAGUUUGUGAACAAAAUUAGUUUAAUAUCUAUAUUAUAUAAGCUACAUAUUGAUAUGUGAACAAAUUUGUAUAUUAUGUCGCACCACACUCUAAUCUCAAAUUUUAUCAUUAGUAAAUAUAAAAUAAAAAAGGGUUGUACCAGGUGGGAGGGGCGAUACAUGAAAUCUCCUUCCGCCCAUUGGACAAGUUAAGAAAUUACAAAAUUAAACAAACUUUCACUAAUAUAAUUUAUAUAUUCUAUAAAUUUAAUUCCCAUAUCGAGUUGCCCCACCCCUAUUCUUUAAUGCCAAAUGCAAUCAUUGGCAGAAAUUAUAAAAAGGAGCGAGGAUUAAUCCUUUUCACUCUAAAGCCCCCACCCCUUCUCAGAUGAAAACAUGACUUUUCAAAACAGAAUAGUCAAAAAUGGCGACAGAGUUUAUGUAAUUUCACAUGAAUUUAUCAUAUUUAUUUAAAGACUUUGCUUUGGAAAAUUUAGAAGUAUAAGAAUAACGAAUUAGAGGAGUUCUAAAUCCAAAUAUUCUUUUCCUGGUCGCCUUUUUCCAACCUUUACUCAAUCUGAUAUUUUUGUAGUAAAAUAAAUUUGGGACUAUAACUCACAAUUUAUGCUUGAAUCCUAAAAAUGCAAAAACAUUUAGAGUAGAAUCUAAUUGGUCCACUUAAUUUCUCCUUCCACUUCCGAAAUUUUUUGUUUAGAGCUUUGAAUUACAUUUUUGUAACAAAACAAUGUUACCAACAUGCCCAAUGAACAUAAUGUAUCACUUACAAGUUUUUAAAAAUAUUAUUUUUCGAAUAAUUUUUUUUUUCGGUGGCGAUUCUCAAAGCCUUAAUCUAAAUAUUUGGGGUAUCUUUAUCUUUUCAAGGAAAAAAUUGGUUUUAUUUGCAAUGUAUUAAGGCCCUAUAAAUUUAUAUUAGAAUAUUUUUCAAGUAAAACAUUAUUCAAAAGGUCCUUUUUUAAUAGAAUGAAUAAUGAGCUGCAGGUCAGGAGAAUGCAUUUCUGCAGUAAAGAAUGCAUGAAAACUCUUUUGGAGUCAGGGCUUCGCCCCGAACCCGAAUGAUAAAUAUUUAGCUGUAGAUGUCAUGAGAAUGUGUUUCUGCAAUGAAAAUGCAAGAAAAUGGUUUUGGCGUUGGGGCUUUGCCCCGAACCCCACUGGGGAAGCUUACAGCACUUCCCCAGACUCCCAAGCUUGCAAAAGAAAGGCCUCAACAUGACUGGGGUUUUUUUUGCUGAAGGUUGAGAAACACUGCAUUUUUAUUCUCAUAUAUAUAUAUGCUGUACACAUGUUUAUGCAUAGGGUCAGGGUUUACUGGGAGUUAGGGUUAGGGUUUGGAACAAAAUCGCCCCCCCCCCCUUUCCAAAGUUCUGGAUCCACUAGUGGUGUAACAGUCAGAUUAUUCUAGAUGUAGACUCUAGAAUAGAGAUAGAUUAUUAUAGAUAGAUAGAUAUCUAUCAUCUAGAUCUAGUCUCAUUCCUAGAAACUAGAUCUAGUCUUAUUUUUCCGAAUCAGUUAAGACUAUUGAAGAUUGGAAUAUUUAAAUUCGGGACUUCCUCUGAGUAGUCCAGCCAACUCUAAUUGGUAUCUGACAUUAGUUAGAAAAAUAGGUGAUUGGUCUUGUGCUGGCAGGGCCAGCCUUAGGUAAUUGGAGGCCCUAAGUGAAAUGAAUUUUGUGGCCCUAAAUAAAAAGAAAAAUUAACACCAUAAACAAUUUCAAUUGUUCGGUUUUAUUAAAAUAAUCAAUGCUGACAUUGAAAUUUUAUUAAAGCACCUCUUUGCACUCUCCACUUUUUGUUGGCGUUUUGAUGCACUAGACUCGAAAUAACAUUUUAACUUUUUUUUAUUACUAGGGAGCAACACAGUUUUCCUAACAUAAAUAGUCUAACUAGUAGAUCUUAAUUCACCAAUUAUAGUAAAGACAGAGCUAGCUAGGAGGUUAGUACACAGAUCUCAUUCUAUGUUUGAGAUUUGAUCCAGGUUUCAACAUUUUUUUCUUGAAAAAAAUUCAGGCCAAUAUUGUAGAAGAAAUCUAUUCCUCUAAUAAUAAUCCUACAAAUGUUAGCACAAGGACAAUGAAAAAUCUGAUUCUAAAAAUAACAUAAACCAUCAUGUUCUGUGCUUAUCGGAUAAUGGGAACCGGGUUUUUGUGGAUACUUAUCGUUCAGAUUUAAUAACUGAAUGCGGAAUAUUAUAAAUGGUCCAUUUCACCAACAUUUUAAAGAAAAUUCAAAUGGGGGUAUUGGACCAUACGUGAACAUGAACAUCACCAUUGCAUAAAGUACAGCAUGGAAAGUGGUGUGUCCUUAGAGCUUCUCUCCUUGUCUUCCUAUUCCUUGAACCUUCAUUAGAGACAAGCUUUGAGACACAUUGCACAAGGUUUGACACAACUUGCACAAGUUAUGAGACAAAUUGCACAAUGUUGUAUCAAUUUUUUGAAUGCCCAAAAUUGUGACGAUGUUAUAAUGCACCAUACAGAAACACACUACUGAACCAAGUCAUCUGGCCUUCUAGAAACUGACGGAAAGUCGCUUAACCAUUCUGGCUGAUCACCUGACUACAUCCGACGUGACCGGCCUGGAUACUAUUCACAGCACAGAUCCUUCCUGAACUGCCAUGUUGUCACCUGUCGUGGCUGACCCUUGCAAGUUGUCAUGGUUGACCGCUCAUCUAGCGCUGGUUUGGGACAAUUUGCAUCGGCUGUCUAACACACACUACUAUCCCUAUCCAGAGUUAUAACAGUAUUAUAGAUCUAGUAGAUCUAUAUUAGAAUUCUAGAUAACAUCUAGAUCUCUAUGAUUCAAUUUUUUUUUAUCUCUGCAUUUUAAAUUUAUAAGGAUUAUUAAAAUUAGAUCAAGAGCGACUCAAAUCUAGACUUAGACAGUAUUUAACUAGAUGUUCAGGCUAUAAUAAACACUAUAUAUCAUGGCAGAAAAUCAAUAGGACUAUAGUACAUGUAAUCUCUAAUCUAACUAUCAACGGAUGUUUUCUUUUUAAUAAAAAUUCUAUAACUUUAUCAAUGAAUAAUGGUGGCAAAUCUCUCCAUUGAUGUGAAUGAUCUCAAUAAAUAAUGUAUUUUAAUGCAUCCCCAUACCUAUUUCAACUAUUAAUGAUGAUGCCAAAGUAACACUUUAUAUAACUUAGUGCAUAUUUUGUAUUCUAAAAACAUCCUAUUUUAAAUAGCAUGUACCAUAUUUGAAUUCUUUGCUGUAACUUAUCUCUGUGAUUUCAUGCUACUUGAAAGUUGUUUGUUCAGAAAGAUGGACACUCUGCCAGUUCCACUCAACACAGAAGGCUUGUUCUGAGAUGAACAUCAAAAGAGAUAGAGAUGAAACUUUGAGUUUUAAAAAAGAAAGGAGGGGGGUAGGUUUCCCCAGUCCUUGCACUAUUGUCAGUUGGAAAUGAUCAAAUAAUCUUGUUGACUUGCUUCCAUGAAACAGUCUAUGAGGACCAUCAGUCAUAGCCCUAAAACAAAUUCCUUAUUUAUGAUCUAAAUACAUAUGUCUUAUAUUUCUUUGUGUUGGCCAUGACUAGACAAUGAUUCACUAUCUGUGGAAACUAGUUUCAUCUAUAUUUGGAGUUUUUUUAGCCAUCUUGCGUCCUUUGCGUCGACUAGUAUGCCGCAGGCAAAAGGUGUCAGAGGACCUAGAGCUGAUAUCUAUUGGGUCUGGAUCAUCAGCAACCCAGUAUUCUAAUAACCAAGACCAAAAUGAAUGUGUGUCAUGGGAUGUCUGGGAAGACCAAGUUAAACCAGAUACAAACAGUGAAAACGCCAAUGGACACACGAGAGAGUUACAAUCCAGAAUCUCUGGCCACAUGACUAACUCUGCCUACUACAGAAAGUAUUCAGAAUCUGAGACAGAACCAGAAAUUAAUUUUUUUGAAGACAUGACGCCGCAGGUGACAAAACAGCCCAAGAUUCUAGUUGUUAAGAAAAACUCAGAAGAAACAAUGCAUUUCUCUGGUCUCUCCAACAGAUUCUCUGCUCUCUCAGAUCUACCUAUAGUGAACUCUGAACUGGAAGCCUGGGAAGAUGAAACGAAUGCAUGGGACACUGAAGAGAUCUCAGAAGACUUAACUGGCCAGGCGCAGGAGACUAUCCGAGAGACAAAACGCCUGGAAAGGCUUGAGAGACAAGUUGAACAACAAAAAAGGAAGCAAAAGAAAGAGGAGAUGAGGGGCUUGAAGUCUCUAGUUGUGACCAAAUUGUCAUGACAUAAAGUGGACAAACAUCUUGGUCAAUGAUGGACUUGAAAUGGAGAUUUUUGGUCAAUACAUUUUUUAAGAGAAACAUUUUGUAGUAAAUGUGUUUUAUACAAUCUAUUUCAGUAGUGUUGGGGCCCUUAGCUGGUUUAGUGCAAUACAUAGUUCUAGUUAGAAUUUCACAGAAAAAUAUCAAGUUUGUUUUGUUUUCUUCUCUCAGAAUUUCACAGAAAAAUAUCAAGUUUGUUUUGUUUUCUUCUCUCAGUACAUGACUUAUAUUAUUUCCUAAUGUAUGUCUAUAUCCUUAAUACAAUUAUAUCAUACACUAAGUGGAUAUGACCCAUGACCUGCACGCCUUAGUUUGGGUAUUACUGAUCUACUAGAUUGAAUUUAGAUCUAUGUCAAACAUGGAGAAUAUUCCUUUCACAUUUUUUUAUUUUGCCACAAAAAUAAAAGUAGGGUGUAAAAAUGGGUUUGCCUGUUCAGCUGACAUAUUCAUAUCAAGUAUACAAUAUUGUGAAAACGAGUUUACCCGCUUUGUUAAAAUAAAAGUUUAUUUCUUUAAUGGAGAUAAACUUAGGUACUUUCUGUCUAUUUUUAGGAUCCUCCGGUUGUGGGAGGGACAUUAACCACAUUCAAGAUGGUCUCUGCCAUGAUCUAAGGAACAUUCAUGCCAAGUUUUAUCAAGAUUGGUCAAACGGUUUCGAUUUUUAUUUGGGACAUACAUACGUACAUACAUACUCCUUACUUUCAAUUAUAUAUAUAUAUUAGUUGUGUCUUAUAUAAACAAUUAUAUCAUACACAUGUCUAAACUAAACAUUUUAUAGCCUCAGCAUUAGACACUUGGCAUAUAAGGACACUAAGCUCUGUAAAUUUAGCUUAAUGAACCUACUAGGAAACAUGUCAUCGAUAGUGAGCUGGAACCAAUGUAGCCUAAUGGACCUACAAGGAAACAUGCCAUGGAUAGUGAGCUGGAACUAAUGUAGCCUAAUGGACCUACAAGGAAACAUGCCAUGGAUAGUGAGCUGGAACUAAUGUAGCCUAAUGGACCUACAAGGAAACAUGCCAUGGAUAAUGAGCUGGAACUAAUGUAGACUAAUGGACCUACAAGGAAACAUGCCAUGGAUAGUGAGCUGGAACCAAUGUAGCAUAAUAGACCUACAAUGAAACAUGCCAUGGAUAGUGAGCUGGAACCAAUGUAGCCUAAUGGACCUACAAGGAAACAUGCCAUGGAUAGUGAGCUGGAACCAAUGUAGCAUAAUAGACCUACAAUGAAACAUGCCAUGGAUAAUGAGCUGGAACUAAUGUAGCCUAAUGGACCUACUAGGAAACAUGCCAUGGAUAGUGAGCUGGAACUAAUAUAGCAUAAUGGACCUUCAAGGGAGCAUGCCAUGGGUAGUGAGCUGGAACUAAUGUAGACUAAUGGACCUUCAAGGAAACAUGCCAUGGAUAGUGUGCUGGAACUAAUGUAGCCUAAUGAACCUUCAAGGAAACAUGCCAUGGAUAGUGAGCUGGAACUAAUGGACCUACUAGGGAGCAUGCCAUGGAUAGUGAGCUGGAACUAAUGGACCUACAAGGGAGCAUUCAUGAAUAGUGAGCUGGAACUAAUGAACCUACAAGGAAACAUGCCAUGGAUAGUGAGCUGGAACUAAUGUAGCCUAAUGAACCUACAAGGGAGCAUGCCAUGGAUAGUGAGCUGGAACUAAUGAACCUACAAGGAAAUAUGCCAUGGAUAGUGAGCUGGAACUAAUGAACCUACAAGGAAACAUGCCAUGGAUAGUGAGCUGGAACUAAUGAACCUUCAAGGAAACAUGCCAUGGAUAGUGAGCUGCAAUCUUGUUGAAUCCUAUUUAAGCAAGACUACUUUGAACAGUACAACUACUUUGAACAGUACAACUACUUUGAACAGUACAACAACUUUGAACAGUACAACUACAUUGAACAGUACAACUACUUUGAACAGUACAACUACUUUGAACAGUACAACUACUUUGAACAGUACAAUCUCAUUGCCUAGAUAUUGAUAGACAAGCAGAAUCAAUCAACACAUAUGUACUUAUCUGUAUGACACUUGGGAUUUGAAGUGACAGAUCAAGUUGACAAUCAUGAAGAAGGUGGAAUGUCCCUGACCCUUAGUUUCCAAACUGGAGUUUGUUCAUGCAUUGACAGUUUUGUUAUGAUGAUAGCUAGAUAGUUUCCCAGUUUAAAACAAAAUGGAGUUUGUUCAUACAUGCUAUAAGCAUGAAAGUUGCACUAGAUCAAAGCUAUUUUUUUAAAAAUACUAGUACAUUGAUGGAGCUACAGGUGCAAUGCCAACAUCUUGAUACAAAGUUGAUGCAGCUCCUAGUAGUUUGAAAACAUUGGAUGUUCACUGUGUGCGUGAUUUGGUUAGAAAACACAUUCUUUUUAGAAGUUCUAAUUAUUUAGAAAAAGUAGUGAUAAUUUGCUGGAUUGUUUGAUAUGCAUGAUUAGAUUGCAUUGUUUUGGUUUGUAUGAUUAGAUUGAAGUUUGUUGCAUUGUUUUGGCUUGUAUGAUUAGAUUGUGGAUUGUUUGUCUGCCAAUGUUGUUUUCAUGUGUUGUGCUGAAUUUUGUAUUUCAACAUUUGAAUACAAUAUUUAUUGAUCAGUA